GCUCCUGCCGGCCGCGCACGUCCCCUCGCUGCCGCACUACGAGCGCCUCUACGAGCGCUCCGUGCGCGCCCCGCACGAAUUUUGGGGCGACAUCGCCAAGGAGUUUCACUGGAGGACGGAGCCCUCGGCGCCCUUCCUGCGCUACAACUUCGACAUGACCAAGGGCAGGAUCUUCGUGGAAUGGAUGAAAGGGGCCACCACCAACAUCUGCUACAACCUGCUGGAUAGGAACGUGCACGAGAAGAAGCUGGGGGACAAAGUUGCCUUCUACUGGGAAGGGAACGAGCCUGGGGAUUCUGCGAAAAUCACAUACAAUGAGUUGCUGCACAAAGUCUGUCAGUUUGCCAAUGUUCUCCGCAGCCAAGGUGUGAAAAAAGGAGACCGCAUUUCCAUCUACAUGCCGAUGAUCCUGGAGCUGGUGGUGGCCAUGCUUGCCUGUGCCAGGAUUGGGGCUCUUCAUUCCGUCGUGUUUGCAGGCUUCUCAGCAGACUCUCUCUGUGAGCGGAUCCUGGACUGUGGUUGCUCUCUCCUCCUUACUGCAGAUGCCUUUUAUCGAGGGGACAAGCUGAUUAGCUUGAAGCAGAUUGCAGAUGAAGCCCUCCGGAAAUGUAAGGACAAGGGCUUCCCUUUGGCAAAGUGCAUCGUGGUCAAGCACCUGGGGAGGGGAGAACUAGCGGAGGACGGGACGUGCAGCAGGUCGCCCCCGCUCAAAAGGCUCUGCCAGGAGGUGCAGGAAAAAAAGACUGGGAGCUCAGAGAGACCCCACCCCAAGACGCCCUGGGAUCCGACCACGGACAUGUGGUGGCACGAGCUGAUGGGCAGCGCCAGCACGGAGUGCGAACCCGAGUGGUGCGACGCGGAGGACGCGCUCUUCAUCCUCUACACCAGCGGCUCCACCGGGAAGCCCAAGGGCGUUCUGCAUACCGUGGGUGGAUACAUGCUCUUCGCUGCCACCUCGUUUAAGUAUGUGUUUGAUUACCACUCUGACGAUAUCUACUGGUGCACAGCGGACAUCGGCUGGAUAACAGGCCAUUCGUACCUCACUUACGGACCCCUGGCAAACGGGGCAACUAGUGUGUUGUUUGAAGGUGUCCCCACCUACCCGGACGUCGGGCGAAUGUGGAGCAUUGUUGACAAGUACAAGGUGACCAAGUUCUACACGGCGCCCACAGCCAUCCGGCUGCUCAUGAAGCACGGGGAGGAGCCCGUCAAAAAGCACAGCAGGAAGUCUCUGAAGGUGCUGGGGACUGUCGGGGAGCCCAUCAACCCCGAGGCCUGGCUGUGGUACUACCGUGUGGUGGGAGAAGAGAGGUGCCCCAUUGUGGACACCUUCUGGCAGACGGAGACGGGUGGCCACAUGUUGACGCCGCUCCCUGCCGCCACCCCCAUGAAGCCGGGCUCUGCUACGUUCCCCUUCUUCGGCGUGGUCCCUGCCAUCCUCAACGAGUCGGGAGAAGAGCUGGAAGGAGAAGCAGAAGGCUACCUGGUCUUUAAACAGCCCUGGCCAGGAAUAAUGCGCACGGUGUAUGGAAACCACCAGCAAUUCGAGACCACCUACUUCAAGAAGUUCCCUGGGUACUACGUGACGGGCGAUGGUUGCAGGAGAGAUAAAGACGGUUAUUACUGGAUCACAGGACGAAUUGAUGACAUGUUGAAUGUUUCUGGCCACUUGCUGAGCACGGCGGAGGUGGAGUCGGCCUUGCUGGAGCACGCGGCCGUCGCCGAGGCGGCCGUGGUCAGCCACCCGCACGCCCUCAAAGGCGAGUGCCUCUACUGCUUCGUGACGCUCAGAGACGGCCACGAGUUCACCAAGAACCUGGCAGAGGAGCUGAGGAAACAAGUCCGAGAAAGAAUCGGACCGAUAGCGACACCUGAUUACAUCCAGUACGCGCCCAGCCUGCCCAAGACGCGCUCAGGAAAGAUUACCAGAAGGAUAUUAAGGAAGAUUGCCCAAAAUGACCAAGAUCUGGGGGACAUCUCCACCCUGGCGGACCCAGGCAUCAUAAACCACCUUUUCAAGAACAGAUGUGACACCAAACUGUAGCAGUGUGACCUGUCCCUGCUGAACAGAACUGCAGCAGUGUCCUGAGGAGCGGGUCCCUCAAGAAGCGGCUGUCUGCCCUGGAACAGAAACCUUGUCCUGAUGAACUGAAUGUACAAAAGCUGUAAAGGAGGGAACGGCUGGUUCUGGAGAGGCCCCCCUUGUGCUUCCUUCCUUCCUUCCGGAGGUUCCAGCUCCGUCACCGCUGACAGAGGGGCUUCUGCUCUUCCCUUUUCAUCACCUUGUUCAUGAUUUUGGAGGGGGCUGGGAGGGGGAAUUAAUUAAUUUUAUCUAAUUAAGGGGUCCUGGUGUGUUGCCUGCAGCAGGAAGGAGCAGGAGGUUGGAGAGGAAGGGGUCCUGUCCACAGAAGUCUUGGUCUGGGGUGCUCUGCAGAGCACUGGCCCUCUGCUCCCUGGUGCCACCAGUGAAGUCUGGAGGCAGGACAAGGCUGGGGGCGAGAAGCAGGUGCUACUGCUACCCCAAGGACAGGGGAGAGGGGCAAAAACCCGAGCAAAGCCACCCCACUGCUCUCCAGAGGAGCGUCUCCCAGUACAGGCUGACCACGUGCGUGGUGGAGGGCAGCAAGCCCCUUGCUGCAGCAAAGAAACCAAGGCAGGCAGGGCUCUGGCCCAGAAAUAAAAGAGGGAAAGACAUUGAAGUGCAGCUGUUGCUGAAAUCUGAAAGGGCCUUUUGAUAAAGGGGGAAAAAAAAAGAGAGAAAAAUCUUAUCUCCAGCCAAAGGGUGCUGCCAAAGCCAACAAUACUGCCAUAAAUAAAUUUAAUUUAAUCCAGCCCUGGGUUGAGCUGGGAAAGAUACCUCCUUUCUAAUGGCUGUAUUGGACGUACGCAGGAGCUGCAGGGCUUGCACUUCGGCUGGAGGAGAAAGAGGCUGUAAAAGCUGCUGCGAGAGCUGUUUGCGAACCCCAAAGUACAGGUUUUGCCUGCCAAAGGAGCUCAUUUCUCGAUGGUCUGGAAAGGAAGCAGCCGUCUCCAGGACGGAUUGCUCAAGGGAAGGGUAGAGGUGCUCUGAGGGGCUCUUGUCCAAGUCUCAUUUCUACCUGCUGCUCUCCUUGGCACUGUAGCCGCCUGUGACACGUAACUUCCAUGGGGGCCUGUGUCAAACGCUCCACCCACAGCUCCGAACGGCUGCUCCACCUGCUCAGAACUCCCACACUUGCUCUCCUCC